AUGUAUGUAUUUAUUAGCAACAAUACACAUGGUACAAAUUCUUCUCUAUUUAGAGAUGAUAGUCUUAAUGGUGGUGUAACUAAUCCUGAUGGUGUUGAACUGAAAUUUAUCAUAUUUAUACAACAUCGUUUAAGAACAUCAAAAAAUUGUGGAAUAAACAAUGAAGAAAAAGGUAAUAUUAGGCUAUCAAUAUCAUCGCGUCAUCAACAUUGGACACGGUAA